CUAAGUGCUUAAGAAAUCAGCAAUCGAAAAUGGUUCAUCCAACGGCUGAGGCUUUUCCGAAAUGCCACGGCUGGGUUCCUAUUAAUCCCUUCUUAGUCGUAAAAUUUGAUUUAGAUAGAUCCGCAAAAGAACAAAGAUGACCAAUCUGCAAAUACAAACAGAGGAACCCCCUCUGAGUCAAACACCGCUUUUAAUUUCAAUUCAGCAACAACUACAGAACCAGAAUGAGGGAAAUAGUAAUAAUAACAAUAACAAUAAUGUGAAUAAGAAGAACGAAGACGUUCAAGUUGACGCUGACGGAGAGAUUGAGGAGGAUCAGAGUAAAGUGGAGGCGAGCCUGGUGCGGUUGGACCGGUUUCUUACGGUGUUAGGGUUCAACCAGGACUCGCCGUUGAGCUUCGUGGUUUCGUGGAGCGUCUUCGCGGCGGUGGGAGUGGUGGCGCCGCUGCUGGCGCUGUCCAUGUGCGACUGUCCGGAGUGCGACAGGUACGAGAUUCAGAGCUUCGAGAUGGCGAUCGUCGCGUUUCAGGCCAGCCUCGCCGCCGUCUCCUUGCUCUGCCUCUCCCACAACCUCCGCAAGUACGGUCUCCGACGGUUCCUCUUCGUUGACCGCUACUCCGGGAAGAUGCAUUGCUUUCACCGCGACUACGUCGCUCGGAUUUCGGGAUCUAUGCGCAUGCUUUUUCUGUGGGUGUUGCCGUGUUUCAUUCUGAAGACAGUGCGAGAAAUCAUUCGCAUUUUCUAUGUACAACAUGGGUCCUGGUGGCUCUCGCUUGCUAUUUUAUCAGCUUUGAUUAUUUCUUGGACUUAUAUGAGUACAAUCUCUCUGUCAGCCUGCAUUUUGUUUCACUUGGUCUGUAGUUUGCAAGUGAUCCACUUUGAUGAUUAUGGGAAGCUCUUGCAAAGGGAAAGUGAUGUGUUAGUUUUUAUGGAGGAGCACAUUCGGUUGCGCUAUCAUCUCUCCAAAAUAAGUCAUAGGUUCAGAAUCUAUCUUCUUCUAGAGUUCUUGGUCGUCACAGCAAGCCAGGUUGUGACGCUUUUGCAGGUCACUGGAUAUGGUCAAAUGCUUACCUUCAUUAACGGUGGAGAUUUUGCUGUAUCCACACUUGUUCAGGUGGUGGGCAUCAUUAUUUGUCUGCAUGCUGCGACAAGAAUUUCUCACAGAGCUCAAAAUAUUGUUUCCGUUGCAAGCAGGUGGCAUGCAAUGCUAACAUGCACAUCGUCUGAUGCACCCUCUCAAUUGAGAAGCUCAGCUAGUGCAGGGAGCUUGGAGGCUGCAAACCAUUUAAAUGCAAUACAAGUAGACUAUUCUGAAAGUGAUCUAGAGUCAAUGGAUUAUGCUGGAAUGUUUACAAAUACCCAAUGGACUUCCUAUGUGUCUUCACAUCACAAGAGACAAGCUUUUGUGAUGUAUUUGCAGACGAAUCCAGGAGGAAUCACUAUAUUUGGAUGGACAGUCGACCGGUCUCUAGUCAACACAAUAUUUUUCCUUGAAUUAAGUCUGGUUACCUUUGUUCUUGGUCAGACUCUAAUCUAAGGAUAAAAUUUGCACAAUGACACCAAAAAACCCUUGAGCUUUAGGUCUUCUGGGUUAUCACUAUCAUUUUGAUUGAAAGUCCUACACUAGUAUGCCGAGCCAGAAUGUUGCAUGCACACAGUAGCCAUGCAAAGUAGAUAAACAGUGUUUGUUGUCCACACGAGGACUUGACCAGGCACACUACUGUUAAAUGCCUUGGCCUCUUCCCCAAUCCCCAGCAACACAAAUGUCUCCAAAAUUCUUUUCGUCAUUCUGCUUAUCAGCAUACUUAUCUUGGUGGAUCUUGUGACUUCUAAUUUGCACAUUAUGCAAUCAAACAACUUACCUUAAACUCAUACCACCUUAAAGAUACUUGGCAGUUUUCUACCUGCUUGGGCUCCUGGAAGCAGUCUUUCUCA